GUUUUAACGGCGGUUUUCUGCCAGACUGCGAUCGAAAGUGCGCAGAACGAUCAGGCGACAAUGGUGCAAACAAUGCUCGAUAGCAAAGAGGCGAUCUUGGACAAGUUGAAGGCAUUGUUUUAUGAGAUCGACGUGGAAGAAGAUGCUGGAAAGAAGCAUGCUGGUUCGCUGACAGUUACCAUGUUCGAAGAGAAGAUGAGGAACCCUGACGUGCAUAACUUUUUCGAAUCACUUGGACUGGAUGUUUGGGAUGCGUGGUCUUUCUUCAAACUCCUGGAUGCAGACGGAG